GAGAGGCAGAGGGAGGGGAGAGAAAAAGCAGCAGAGCAGCAGCGGGCAACAAGCCACCAGCCCUGAAACCCAGAAAUAACAGCGUACUUAGCGGGAAUGAUCAAGAAAGCAUAACUUUUGCACAAAAGAAUUCAUUUUUUCCUAGCCUAAAACGACAUAUAAUUCAGAGAAUUGGGCGACAAGGAUUGGCCGUUUUCGGUUUUUAUUUUAAGGCACCGAACUAAGAACGAAAGAAAGCAACAACACUGGAAAAAAAAGACGGGGAUUACACACAACAGUGACAAUAAAACAGUCCUGGAGAAGUGGUCCGCCUGGUCUAAGGGUGAGGUCCGAAUUAAAAACUGAAAAAAAAUUGGAAAACAGGUAAUUUUCUGAGCAUAUUGUGCGUGGUUUAUUUCCAAGUACCGUUUCUGUGUGAACUUUAAACUCAGGAAACAAUGAAGACCUAGUCAGCAAGAACUCAUCAAGUGUCUCGACGCUGCUAGCGUUAGCGAGCGAAGGGGCUGUAAAGCUAAGGGAGCUAAGUUAGCUGUUGGCUAACGCUAGCUUGCUAGCUAAACGUGUUUUUUUCUGAAACUUUUUGUGUUGUUUCCACGAAGCCCAAACACUGAAGGAUUAUUCUGAGGACAGAGGGGAAGGGCAGGUUCCCUUCUGGACUUUUCCCCCUCUGCGUACUUUUCCAACAUGAUGGCUACAGAGGUCAGCAGUGAGGAUGCGGGUUCGGUCACGACAGAAACAAGGGUGGCAAGCGGAGGAGGAGGCCCGGAGACGGCCCCUUUUCCCUGCUAUCCUAAGCCGAACAGAGUGCGAGUCGCCGAUCUGGGACAAGAACCGACCCAAACCACCCGCCAACAUUCAAACACUUCUCCGGACUCGCUUCCCGACACGAGUAUCUAUCCGGUGCCUGGUGGGGAUAUAACGGGAUCAGUGCUCUCCCCAGCUGGGAGUGGUGGUCAGGCAGUUUUCCAAGGAGCCAACUCAGGGACAAGGGGCGGCAUGUGCAACUCUCCCACCUCGGAGAGUCCAACCAGUCGGAGUUCACCCACAUCUACAGGCCCGGAUGGCUCUACGAGCUUCCCACCUCUGCCACCUGCGCCCCCCAUGGAUGAAAGCGACCUGCCGGAUUGGGGGGAUGAGGAAGAUUUGGUGUUUCCCCUCUCUGCACCUCCCACAAACCAGUGGUACCAUGGCAAACUAGACCGAACCAUUGCAGAGGAGCGUUUACGCCAGGCCCGGACCCCUGGCAGCUACCUCAUCAGGGAGAGUGACCGCCGGCCCGGUUCAUUUGUCCUGUCUUUCCUCAGUAUGACCAAUGUGGUCAACCAUUUCAGGAUAAUCGCCAUGUGUGGGGACUAUUACAUUGGUGGUCGACGGUUCUGUUCUCUAUCAGACUUGAUUGGUUACUACAGCUAUGUGUCUUGCCUAUUGAAAGGAGAGAAGCUCCUAUCACCAGUGGCACCUCCGGAGCCUGUAGAAGACAGGAGGAGAGUCAGGGCCAUACUUCCAUACACCAAAGUGCCAGAUACCGAUGAGAUCAGCUUUCUGAAAGGAGACAUGUUUAUUGUUCACAACGACCUGGAGGACGGCUGGAUGUGGGUCGCCAAUGUUCGCACAGAAGAGCAAGGGCUCAUAGUGGAGGAUCUGGUGGAGGAGGUGGGCCGGGAGGAGGACCCACACGAGGGAAAAGUUUGGUAUCAUGGAAAGAUCACAAAGACGGAGGCUUACAACCUUCUUAUGUCAGUUGGCCAGGUUUGCAGCUUCCUGGUCCGACCAUCAGACAACACCCCCGGGGACUACUCCCUCUUUUUUCGCACUAGUGAAAACAUCCAAAGGUUCAAGAUCUCCCCGACUCCAAACAAUCAGUACAUGAUGGGAGGGAGGUACUACAACAGCCUUGACGAUAUCAUUGAUCAUUAUAAGAAAGAACAGAUUGUUGAGGGCUACAACCUGAAAGAACCCGUUUCCAUACAGCACCAGGAGCAAGUACUAACUGACAUAACAGAUGGGAGGGAAAUUUAUAACACUAUCAGACGGAGAACAAAAGAUGCUUUUUACAAAAACAUAGUCAAAAAAGGCUAUCUCCUCUUCAGCAAAGGAAAAGGAAAAAGGUGGAAGAACCUUUACUUCAUCCUGGAGGGCAACGAUGCACAGCUCAUCUAUUUUGAAAGCGAGAAGAGAGCUACCAAACCCAAAGGGCUGAUAGACCUAAGUGUGUGCUCCGUGUAUUGUGUGCACGACACUCUGUUUGGCAGGCCAAACUGUUUCCAGAUUGUUGUCCAGCACUUUAGUGAGGAACAGUACAUAUUUUACUUUGCAGGAGAGGUCCAAGAGCAGGCCCAGGAUUGGAUGAAAUGCCUUCAGACGUUCUGUAGUAACCUAAGAAAAACCACUGUACCGACUUCAAACAAAAGGCUCCGGCAGGUGAGCAGCCUGGUGCUGUAUGUGGAGGAGGCCCACAAGCUGCCGGUGAAGUAUUUUGCCAACCCUUACUGCAACAUCUACCUGAACAACGUCCAGGUUGCCAAGACGCAUCCACGAGAAGGGCAGAAUCCCGUCUUCACCGAGGAGUUCAACUUCGAUGAUCUGUCCAGUGAAGUAAACAGUUUUGAAAUCAGUCUGAGCAACAAAACAAAGAAGAACAAAGACUGCGACAUCUUGUUCAUGCGGUGCCAGCUGGGUCGCUUGCAGAAGGGUCAGAUGAUUGACGAGUGGUUCCCGCUGAGCUCCCACGUCCCUCUGAAGGGGAUCGAGCCGGGAUCGCUGCGGGUGCGCCAUCGCUACUCCAUGGAGAAGAUCAUGCCGGAGGAGGAGUACAGUGAAUUUAAAGAGAUGAUCCUGCAGAAAGAUUUCCACGCAAUCUACGCUUUGGCCAACGUUUGUGGUCAGGACCGCACAUUACUGGCCAGCCUCCUCCUGCGGAUCUUUAGGCACGAGAAGGCUGAAGCGCCUCUACUGAGGACGCUCAACGACAGAGAAAUUAACAUGGAGGAUGAGGCAACAACGUUGUUCAGAGCAACUACACUGGCCAGCACGCUCAUGGAGCAGUACAUGAAGGCCACGGCCACGCCCUUCGUCCACUACGCGCUGAAGGACACCAUCCUCAAGAUCAUGGAAAGCAAACAGUCGUGUGAGUUGAAUCCUUCCAAACUGGAAAAGAAUGAGGAUGUUAGUAUCAACCUGGCUCACCUUCUCAACAUAUUGUCGGAGCUUGUGGAGAAGAUCUUCAUGGCUGCGGACAUCCUACCGCCGACGUUAAGGUUCAUCUAUGGCUGCCUGCAGAAGUCUGUUCAGCAGAAGUUCCCUAGCAACCACACCAUGCGGACAAGGGUUGUGAGUGGCUUUGUCUUUCUAAGGCUGAUCUGCCCUGCGAUUCUCAACCCCAGAAUGUUCAACAUCAUUGCUGACCCUCCAUCUCCAACAGCAGCCAGGACACUCACAUUGGUGGCCAAGUCUGUCCAGAAUCUGGCCAACCUGGUUGAAUUUGGUGCUAAGGAACCCUAUAUGGAGGGAGUUAACCCAUUUAUUAAAAACAACAAACAUCGGAUGAUCAUGUUCCUGGAUGAGUUAGGCAAUGUCCCUGAUCUCCCUGAACAACCAGAGUCGUUCAGGGCGGACCUGUCGCGGGACUUGGCUGCGCUGCACGAGGUCUGUGCCACGCACUCGGACGAGCUGCGCACUCUGAGCAACGAACGGGGCGCACAGCAGCACGUACUGAAAAAGCUGCUGGCCAUCACAGAGCUCCUCCAACAGAAGCAGACUCAGUAUGCCAUGUCCAACAGCAACAGGACAGAGUGCACCAUCAUGUCUCUGGCUGCUGCCAUCCAGGUAAUGUGAGUUUUAUGGAUUUCCACCUGCAAAUCCUGUAAUCAGAUCGCGCAGCCAAAGCGACGCCUCGUUCCACGAGUUGUGAAACUGAAGACUCCGAGUGAGUCGGUCCUUUUACUGUGCGCAUGUGGCGGUACAAAUGCAACGUGACUGUCCUCCGUGGAAAAUCCUUGCUGCACAACUGAAUAUCGUCUUUCCAAAGCCCUUGUCUGAAUCCAAAAUCCGUCAGAAACUUUUGACGUGGUGACCUUGCGGGAGAGGAUCUUGGUGCACUGCGCUGCAGAAACCUGACCUUUUCUAUCCUGGUGUUUCUAUCACUUCCUCAAAAGUCUUGAACAGUUAUGGGAAGGAAGCAGACUUAACGGGCUUCCUGUUUGGCUACUCCUCUUUGGACAAACUGUGGGGAAUGCAUCGUUGGAGGGGAGAAGAGCCAAAGUACUGAAGUAGCAAUUUCUGCUGUCAUCAGGGAAUUCAAACACAGCACCUCUUUCCAAGACAACACUAGCCUUAAUUCCCUUUCUACUCACAAUCAUCUUUCACCUGAUUUUUCUAAGCUACCAAACCAUUGUAACUUACACUGUAUUUGUUUUUUCCUUGCAGCACGAACCCAACUUUUUAUAUAUACAUACAGUAUAUGCUGCUUUGUAUGUUAUGUAGUUAGUCUUAUAAGGAAAUACUGUGUUUGUGUCUGACGUAGCAUAAGGGUGCUGAGAAAGCUGCAUACGUAGAACCUGUCCUGUGCAUGUGUUAACCCUGAAUGGAUCGUGCUUUAGUGUGUGGGCCUACAUAUAUGCUGCUCUAAGAAACCAUCACCUUUACUCCCUCUAUGCCUUUGGAUGACAACAAAAAGCUUUAGCUACGUUGCAGUUUUUUCCCCCCCUCUCACUCCGUCACCACAACAGGUGGCGUUUCCUCUGUGCACCUUUGCUACGACUGUUUCUCAUACGGCUCCACUCCAAGUCAAACCACACACAGAUUUAUCAACCUUACGAAGCCGUAAAGGUCGGCCUCAGGUGCCGACGGCUCGAGAAGCUGCAGAGUCUGACCCUGUGCCUGCCGUAGCUCGGACGUUUACCAAACAGUUUGCUGUAGAUGCACUUACUACACCGCGGACCUCACAAAGUGUUAGCAAACCACCGGAGAGAAAUGAGUCACAACCACUAAGCCUAUAAGUCAGCAGCUGUACCUGUAUCGGAUACGCUUUACGGUGUGAAUGAUGCGAGUAGUGACGCAGCUUCUCUGGAUUUCAUACAGCUGAUGUGUUCCUUCUUAUUUUUCUACCCGAGACUGAACCUCGAACCUUUUGCAUCUUAGAUACGACCUGACUUAAAUAAAACUGUUAUUGCAUACGA